AUGCCUGUCACUUUUCACUCGUUUACGUCGACCAGCAGUGCCCCCGGCAGCCUGCGAAGCCAGCAACUUUUGACCCCCCCCACGUCGCACAAGAGCGCCGCAGACAUUCCCUUCAAAGCGGAAAAGGAUGACAACAUCAGUUUGAACAUGAAACGGAGUCGGAAUCAUCGGCAUGGAUGGCAAGAUACACGCUCUCGACGGACAACUACUGGUCACAAAAGGGGGGUCCGCGGGUGCAGAAACCAAGUAUCUGGCACCCGCCAUCACUCGCAUAACCUACGAAAGACCCAUUCUCUCCCAUCAGUCCAACCCCAAUUUGACCUUGGCACCGUCGAACUACUUCAGAGUCCCCAACGCAGAGCACGACGAUGGACGGUCCCCUCCAAAGCGUCUUCGACCCAGGGGCUUGCUACUCUUGUGCCAGUCGAUGACAGCGCAGGUACAACUGAUCCAUAUUCGGCAACCGGAUUCGAUUCAAAUCGAAGCCCAGCGAUGAUAACGCUUCGUCGUGCCACCACUACAAGGUCGCGAAGACGAACUUCGCUCACCUCUUUCCCGCCGCCCAAGUUCAGCCGGGAUAGCAGCGGAAUGCUCUCGAUGUUUUUGAAUUCGGUUACUCGAUACGACGAAGCCGUAGUCCAUGACAGUACAGAGGCAGAUUGGACUCAGCGAGUCACGCAGAAGCAGCGGACGGCAUCCACCGUAAGCAAAGACGACAUCCGGCAUUCGACCAGUGCCGCUGCUCCACCUGUCCAGACCGAAGUUGUCACGGUAGAACCACGGCUAUCGUAUUCCGGAUCAAAUCAGGCGGCCGAGUCCAUCCGCCGGUGCUCCACCCUCUACGUAUCGGACAGCACGGUGUAUGAGAUCAUUUGGGAUGAGAACUGCUCUUCGAGUAACUCUGAGGGAGAGGAUCCUAGAAUCCAUGGCCAAGCAUCGCUAUUUCAGAGUCGGGAUCUCAUCGGGGCAGAGACGUUGGAGAGACGGCUGUCGAAGGCGCUUUCGCAGUCAAGACGAGAUUCCCUGCAGGAAGGCAGCAGGAGAAAAACAAGCUAUGUGCCAAGCAGUGAAAUGUCUGUGCAAAGCAUUUGGACCAAUCCCAAGAUUGCUCGGCUUUUCCGCGAACCCGCUUCGGGGAGCCUACCUCGUUCCAAGUCCUCCAAGAGCAACAAGAUGAUGGUCACUUCGUCAACAGACAUGGACCUAGACCUGGCGCUCGCAGAUGGCCAUAAAAACGGAGCAUCUUCUGACGGUGUCGAGUUCUUUCCUCCGCUACGGAGUCGGGCCAACACAAGCGGAAGCGGGAACUUGGAGUCUCCGUCGAGCACGAGUGGAACGGAUAGUUGGAGCGCGGUUGAGCUACUAAGGCCGGUCGGCCGUGAUCCGCUUGAACAAGGCUCAGGAUCAGAUAUAGCAAGGAGUCGUUAUGGAGUUAUGAUCGGGAUCAGUUCGCACAUGAAGCGAAGGAGUGUAUCUGCUGAGGGGCAGCUUCAGAAUCAAUGGGCGAGGAGUAUAAAGUCUCGUAGCAGGAGAUCAAGUGAAGGGAAAGCAUCGGAUGACGAGACGAUUCCUCUUCUGGGGAUGACUUGA